AUGCCGACGCACCACGCGCUGCUGGUGGCCGUCUACGACGAGUACUACGAGUCGAAGAAAACCUUCCUUUCCGACGACCCGGACGACAAGCUCUACUACGCGAUGAAGGCAAAAGAUGCUGAGCUUGGGGGCCGACUUGACCUGAAAGUCUCGCCGAUGCAGGCGCUGGCCCUCGCGACGCAGGCUGGAUAUAAGAUCAAUGGACCAACGAGAAUGGAGGACAAGGUGAUGUGUUGGCAGCUCACUCUAACCGCC